AUGAGCACCAAGCUCUCCCUCUUCGGAACAACGCCCUUUUCUUUCCAUACUGAAUUACCAUCAACUUCUUCGAAAAUACCGGUUAUAUGCCCUUACCCUCUUAUCCUACCCUCCAACCACUCUCAUACCCUCAGACCCAAAAAAUCAACUGGGGUCUUGGCAAGUUGUGUUACUGCAGCACAAGCAGAGGUUGAAGUUGAAGUUGCAGAGGGGUACACAGUGACGCAGUUUUGUGACAAAAUAAUUGAUUUGUUCUUGAAUGAGAAACCCAAGUCUAGAGAUUGGAAAAGAUUCUUGGUUUUAAGAGAGGAGUGGAAGAAAUACAGCGAAAGCUUUUACAGUCGGUGUACAAACCGUGCCAAUGCAGAGAAUGAUUCUGGAAUGAAACAAAAGUUAAUUGAAUUAUCAAGAAAAGUUAAAAAGAUUGAUGAUGAGAUGGAAAGGCAUACUGAGCUUCUUAAAGAGUUGCAAGAUAAUCCUACUGAUGUAAAUGCAAUUGUAGCAAAGCGACGCAGGGACUUCACGGGCGAAUUCUUUCGUCAUCUCACUUUGCUCUCGGAAACCCAUGAUAGCUUGGAGGAUCGAGAUGCUGUUGCCCGACUUGGGGCUAGAUGUUUAUCAGCAGUUAGUGCUUUUGACAAUACGCUAGAGAUCGUGGGUUCAUUAGAUGCUGCCCAGGCAAAGUUUGAAGACAUCUUGAACUCUUCCUCAAUAGAUGCGGCAUGUGAGAAGAUCAAAAGUCUUGCCAAGGCAAAAGAACUUGACUCUUCCUUGAUCCUGUUGAUAAAUGGUGCUUGGGCAUCAGCAAAGGAGUCAAAUACCAUGAAAAAUGAGACCAAAGACAUCAUGUAUCGUCUGUACAAGGCCACACAGAGUAGCAUGAGGAGUAUUGCACCAAAAGAAAUAAAGCUACUCAAGUAUUUGCUCAACAUCACAGAUCCCGAAGAGCGAUUCUCAGCAUUGGCCACUGCAUUCUCCCCAGGCGAUGAACAUGAUGCCAAAGACCCAAGUGCUAUUUACACAACUCCAAAGGAACUGCACAAGUGGAUUAAGAUCAUGCUUGAUGCAUAUCAUCUCAAUAAAGAGGAAACUGAAAUAAGGGAAGCAAAGCAAAUGAACCAACCUGUUGUGAUCCAGCGGCUUUUCAUUCUCAAAGAAACUAUUGAAGAGGAAUACUUGGAACAAAAUGUUAAAACAGAAAAAGAUGUCGAGCCAGAAGAGUUGUGA